GUCAGCUUCAGUCACUUCUUGAUAUUAAGAUUGAAUUGAUCACAAGAUAACAUUGAGCCAUCAUAACGCUGUCCAAUCUUUAUCUUUUGCCCAAAUCGACAACCAUGCAGGUCCUCAUUCCCAUCUUGUUGGCUCUUUGUGGCUGCCAAGGCCUUCCUACCACCAGCUUGAAAGAUCUUUUGGCCGCUACCCGUAUUGAGAGUAAUGUCCAUGAGGACGAACUCCAGAGUCUCCAUUCACCCAACAUCCCUUUCGUCAAAACCGACCCCAACCAAGCCUCCACUUUGUGCCCAGUAAUCUACAGGUUGCCCAAAGAUCAAUGUGUUGGGCGAAAGUCAACCUGUUGGUCUCCUGAUUCGUAUGAUGUGGAUUGCAAAUCCACGGACCCUUGCUGCUUUGAUGGUUGCGUCAAUGUUUGUGUUCCACCCAAGAUCCCAGAUGUGCCCGAGGUGCCCGAGCUUCCCGAUACCUACGAACCUCCCGCGACUUACGAGGUUCCCAUCUGCGAAACUGUCUAUGAGAACCGAACUGAAGACAAAGUGGAUACCAUUUGCGAUACCAUUUACAACGAGCAUUGCACCACCACUUAUGAGAGUGAGUGCAAGCCCAAAUGCACCACCGAGUACGAGACCGUCUCUCAUUGGACCACAGAAGAGGAAUGCAAGACUGAGUACGUGGAGGAGUGCCACGAUGUUCCCACCGAGGAAUGCACCACUGAUUGGGUCCCCGUCACCACUGUGGUUCAUGUUGAAGAGUGCACCCCCUACACCGAGCAAGUGUGUCAUAAUGAGACGUCGCCUGUCUGCAACUGGUACGAUGAGGUCGUGUGCCAAGAUGUCCCACAUACCGUGAGCAGGCCCGUUUGGAACAAUGUCUGCAAAACUGAGUAUGAGGAGCAAUGCACGGAGACUACGGAAAAUGUCUGCAAAUUAGUGGACGAUUCCAAGGUGGUCCAAGUGCCUACUGAGCAAUGCAAGGAGGUCUACAAGAUGGAAUGUAAGGAUGUGGGCAAGCAGGUGUGCCAUGAUGUUCCCAAAGAGGAGUGCCAUACCAUUUCCAAGCCCACCACCACCCAUGUGACCGAGACGGCUUGCCACACCGUGGAAUCGACCAUCUGUAAGACUGUGUACGAAGAAGUUUGCACUGGAAGUAAGUUUGACUCUUACACGCCCUAUGUCUGCGAAAGCGUUCCCAAAGAAGAGUGCAAACCCGUGUCGACCGAGAAAUGCGAGGAUUAUUCCAAGCCAGUCAUCACCUAUGUGGAUGUCCAGGUCUGCAAAACUGUUUACCACUCUGAAUGUACCACCGUGCCCCAUGAGGUCUGUCAUGAUGUUCCUCACAACGAGUGCACCGAGGUCUACGUAGACAAGGUCGAAUAUUUCCAGACCGAAGUGUGCGAGGAGGUUCCCAAGAAGGUGUGUCACGAUGUCCCUGUCGAGAAAUGUGAGGAUCAAAUGAGCUACGUCGAGGAGCAAACUACCAAGGAAGAGUGCGAAACUAUCGCCAAGGAGCAUUGUGAAGAUAUCACUGUCCAAAAGUGUCGAGAGGAACACCGGGAGAAAUGCGAACAAGUGCCCAAAUCGACCACGACUUAUGAAGAGGAAAAGAGUUGCAAAACCGUCCAAGUGACCAAAUGCGAUUGGGUGCCCAAGGAGGUCUGCCAGGAUGUCUCUAAGGAAGUCUUCGAGCAAGUGCCCAAGGAGGUCUGUACCGAUAUUUGUCAUGAUGUUCCCCAGGAAACCUGCGACAUGAUGCCGGAAGAGGUCUGCGAGGAGGUGAUUACGCCCAUGGUUUAUCCUGUUCCUGUUGAAAUCUGUUACGAGAUUUAAUUAUGAAAAUAAAACCAACUUGAUCUUCUGUCA